CGAAAGAAUCUAGAGAAAUGGUGAAGAAAAAGAUCGACGCUUUUCUUCAUGUACGAGAAAUUCAAGGACCAAUCUUAAGGCUCGGUGGCAUUCAUUUCUAAGGGUGGUCAUUCUCAUUUUCUUCGGCUUCCUUCUCAGGAUUAUUCUGAAAAGAAGUGAAGGCAAGCAAGAAGCAAAAGUGAAGAAUUCUUGGUUGGAGCUCUUCUAAGAAUAGAACAAUUCGUUGCGCAAAUGGUGCCACCACAAACCAGAUUAGCCGGUUUGCGCAAUCUGCUGACGCAAAUGCUUGAGACGUACAAAUCGCCUCACACUUUGUUGAGGAAAUUGAUGACCCAGUUGAUGACGUACAUCGAGCGGGUGCAAAGUUCAGUAGCCGGGGAUGAAGAAGCAACCGAUAGUAGCGGUAGUGACAACGAACAUCCACCACCCCGUGGAGUUGGGCCGGCGAAGAGCAACACACUUGUGGGAGGCGAGCGGCAGAAGGGCAACUUGAUUGUGAAACGCAUGCUGCAUCGAUGGCGAAAACUGCUUUUCGGGUAUGUAAAAGAGAGCGAAACUAAGAGGAACCAAGACCACGAACCUAACGCGAAAAAGAAGGUAACUGCACCUGCGGGUAGUCAUGGAGAUGGGAAAGAAUCUAAGAAGGGUGAG